GGUCCGGACCCUUUGUCUGAGAGGCCCGCGGGGCGGCGCGGCGGGCCCAGCGCCAGGCGCGGCCAGGCGGCGCCGGGAGCCUCCACGCCCGGCCCACCCUGCCCGGGCUCAUCAUGUGACGCGGGAUUGAAGGGGAUCUUGGGACAAAUGGAUGACUGAAUAUUCAUAUGAAGAGGAAAGCCAUAAAAGACAUCAGCGCCUUUGAGAACAGAAUGUUAAUGCUUGAUGGGAUGCCGGCAGUCAGAGUCAAAACAGAGCUGCUGGAAUCUGAGCAAGGGUCUCCAAACGUCCACAACUACCCAGAUAUGGAUGCUGUACCCUUGUUACUAAACAACAUGAAGGCAGACCCCACGGAGGAUUCAUUAUCUACAGACCACUUCCAAACACAGACUGAACCAGUGGACUUGUCAAUAAACAAAGCCAGGUCAUCCCCUACAGCAGCUUCAUCUUCACCAGUUUCCAUGACAGCAUCAGCCUCCUCCCCUUCUUCUACUUCUACUUCUUCUUCUAGUCGGCCAGCUUCAUCACCCACUGUAAUAACAUCAGUGUCCUCAGCGGCAUCUGUACCGUCAGUAUUAACUCCAGGUCCUCUUGUGGCCUCUGCAUCUGGUGUUGGAGGCCAGCAGUUUUUGCACAUUAUCCAUCCAGUACCACCUUCAAGUCCCAUGAACUUGCAGUCCAACAAAAUGAGUCACGUGCACCGUAUCCCUGUGGUGGUACAGUCGGUACCUGUUGUCUAUACAGCUGUGAGAUCACCUGGGAAUAUGAACAACACUAUAGUAGUACCACUGUUGGAGGAUGGGAGAAGCCAUGUCAAAGCACAAAUGGACCCCCGAGGCCUAUCUCCCAGACAAAUUAAAAGUGACAGUGAUGAUGACGACCUGCCAAAUGUGACCUUAGAUAGCGUUAAUGAAACUGGAUCUACAGCGCUCUCCAUAGCCAGAGCAGUACAAGAAGAGAGCAUGUGGGGCUGUGCCAGGUCAGCUGUUAACCCUUUUCGUUUUUUCAACUCCAGUUCAAUUUCACCAUUCAGUAUUGAGAGCACAAGACGUCAGAGAAGGUCUGAGUCUCCAGACUCCAGGAAGCGGCGCAUCCAUCGGUGUGACUUUGAGGGAUGCAACAAAGUAUACACAAAAAGUUCCCACCUGAAGGCUCACCGGAGAACACACACAGGAGAAAAACCCUACAAAUGUACCUGGGAAGGCUGCACCUGGAAGUUUGCUCGAUCCGACGAACUGACGAGGCAUUACCGCAAGCACACAGGAGUGAAGCCAUUCAAGUGUGCAGACUGUGACCGCAGCUUUUCCCGCUCAGAUCACUUGGCGCUCCACCGCCGCAGGCACAUGCUGGUUUGAGAAACGCUACCUGUUCCAGCCGAGUUUAAGAGCUGGGUCUCUUAACUACCCAGAGUGAAUUCAGCAGGGCUGAAUCCCCCUCUACAGUGUUAACAGGCAGGGCUUUCCCUGGUGUCUGUAACAAAAAAGAAUAACAGAAAUUAAAAAAAAAAAAAGCAGGAAAAGAAGUGCCACUCUUCUCCUCGCCAUCUGAAGUUAACCCCGUCUGCCCCUCAGCAUGGCUAACCCUGAAAAUGUCAUCACAAUCACCUGGGAAAUAGCAGCCGAAAUGCUACAGGAAUGGGCAUUAUUUUACAUGCUGCAUCCUUUGACAAAAAAUGUUUAUAGCUUGUAUGUUUUCUCAGCUGCCAGACAUUUUGUUCCUGAAAAAUCACUGCUGAUUGGAGGAUUAGAUACCACAAAUCGAUCAUGAUGAUGAUGACGACGACGACGACGAUGAUGAUGAUGAAAGCAAGACCGCUAGAUCUGUAUUAUCCCAUCUUUUCCCCUUGUUUUAAAUACCAUUUGGCCGGUGUCAGCAUUACACCUGAGCUGUGCUACAGACAAGCUGCGUGUGAGUAGGCAAGAAGAUUCUGCUGGAGAGAUCCUGCUGCUGAAGCUGACGGGUCACUUAAUCAGACUUUUGCAAUAACAGUGGUGGCAUUUUAAUAUUGUACCACAAUUUGUCAUUAUGCCCUAAUGGACACCAGCCAUUUAAACUUUUUCUUUUAUGUUUUUUUUCCCUUUCUUUUCUUUUGUUGUUGUUGUUGAAGUCUGUAAAAUAAGCAAAGGGCAGCAGCAUCUCUGCUGAAAGUACAAUAUUAAGUAUCUGUAUUUUACCAUGGACUUAUAUAGAACCAUUUUCUGAUUUAUAUAGAAAGAGCCCAUUUAAAAACUACUACCCCAUUCUCAAUGUGCAGUUUUCUUUCAUGCAGGUAUCCUCUUCCCCACAACCAUUAUUUGAACACAAGGAAAUAGUCAGAUCUUGUACUUGCUGGUGCCAAGGUUAGUGGUGUAGCCAUUCGUGAAAUGGAAUUGAAUGUAUCAUCAGAACAAAGCAGAGAAGAAAUGGCUACAUCUCUUGCAGAGAAAAAGCAAUAAUAAGGUAAAAUGGCUCUUGAGACAAUAAUUUACUCCACACCAACAGAAGUGGGGGGUAUGCAGAAAUAGCAUGUAGGAUUUAAGCAUUAAUCUUUCUGAUGGUUUCACUGACCUGCUAGGUACCACAGUUAAGUACUUUUAUUUCCUUUAACAUAAUACUUGUGUCUGGAAAGCAUGAAAGAUACAGGAAAGAACUGAUAGUUGAGGAGUUAGUGGAUGAAUUGUAAGUAGGAAGGAGAAAUGUUUCUGCAGUGGUGCUCUGCAAGACAUUAGGUUUCUCCCUGGGAGUUAGGGAAUAACAAGAUUUUGCCAGCUGUCUAGUAUGAUAUAAAUGGCCCUUUAUAUGUGUACCAGUGGCUGCCUCUGGUGGGAUUUUCAAUCCAAGCCUUUUCAGAUUAAAUAAAAGGAAAUUCUUGAUCCUUCCCAUACAGCCCUAUAAUUGUGAACCAAUUUGUAUUAAUUGAAUUAUAUAGGAAAGAGAAAAACUCUUAGUCAUCAGUUAUUCAUGCAAACAGAAUAGUGUUUUUCUGUUUUCUUUCCUCACAAAGAUCUGCCUAUUCAGCUAAAUUUGACAAAGAGGAGGCUUGGCAAGACUUUUUAAGCGUUGAGAUUUUCAUAUCUUAGAGAUAAAAGAUGAAUACGUAAAGGCCUUUUGCAAUGCGUUUAAUUAUGAGUAUUUGGUUCCAGGAAUUGCACAGAUUAAACUUGUAAUGCCACUUGUUUGUUUUCAAAUGUUUGACCAUCCCAAAUAUCUGAUUCCUGAAAUAAACAUAGUAAUGUUGUGGGGAUUCUGAAAUCAAGGUAAUCUUUAGGAAAAAGCAGCACAGAGUACCCAUACAGAUACAAAAGCAAUUACAGUUAAUUGAGGAUUACUGUGACCGGGAUAGUACUUUGUAACAGCAUUCACAGGCCCCAGAGUUUGGUUGUCUUUAAAUAUCCUUAGUAUUUCCCCAUACUGGAUAGUUUAUCAACUCUCUGAAAGAAGAACUUAGUACUGUAGAAGCUCAGGCUCCCCGCUGAGUGGUCAGCAGAGAAACCCAAUACAAACUGCUCACAGCCAUGGAGGGAAAAAUACCUUGAUCAAUUCCCAUUGACCAUGUUGGUAAUCAGCUUCCACCAAAUUCGACAACAUUGUAGAAUCCAUCUCCAAAUCAGGGACAGAUCAGGGCUUCAGGAUGGACCACGAGGCAUUGCAGGGCAGCAGAACUGUGUCUUUACCAGCAGCGUUACUGCUGUUGGUUUCAAAAAAUGGUUGUCAAGUGUUGUGUGUGAGGUACUUCAUGGAUUACGUCUGAGGUCUGUCUUUUGUGUACUUCAGUAUUGUCCCGUUCAAUGCAUCUGUCAUCGGUGUUUAGGGAAAGCAGUCGGGUCAGGUAGAAGUCAAUUGAUAAAAUUGUUUUCCUGCCCAGGAACAUUUUACCAACUAAUUAUUUGAAUAGCAGUAAUUCAGUUGAGAAACCGAUGGCAUACAGAAUGCCUUUUGGAACCCAUGGUUUUUUUCUCCCAUAGAUAAUUAAAUCUAUUUGAGCAGCAACUCUAGAGGGCGUUCUGCUAAUGUACAGGAGGAUGUGAUAUUACUGAGAGAGAUCAGUGUUUCUGAUCAGAGAUGUGUAACUGGGAGAGAUCAGUGUUCCUCUUUAGGCUUCCCCUGUAAUCAGUGAAGAGAGGAAAACUCCUACUAGAGAAAUUGAGAGGCCUUAAAUUUCAGCAUUGAGCUUUGAACUGCCCAGUGGGGGAGCAUAUGUAUCAAAGACAAUGGAGGGGCUCAUCUCCCAAGGCCGAGGUUGUUCUGUGUGAAUCCUUGUUUUUUCAGCUUGUUGCCCAUUACUUUAUGCAUUGGAAACACUGCAACAGAAAGAGGGCCUGGUUUUAUUCAAGGAACCCUAAAGUGAUAGAGGGUUAAAGCAGCACUCAUGCCAAGGGACACAGGCACAGAGUAUGUCAAUAGUAACAGAAUGAAGCCAAAAGGUAAAGGAGCUUGUGCUAUAUUUUAUUAUUUCACAGGCAAGAAGUAUAUCCUCAACCUUUCCAGCACAUGUGCAAGGGCUUCUCGUGGUGCUGUUACCUCCAGACAACUUACACAACCAGCAGUAGUCCACCACUGGGUUUCAAGUACCCAGUGUGGUUCUUGACAUGUUUCUUAUUCCUACCAGCACCUGCAGACUUUGAUCCCAAAUACUCUCUGAGGUUGUUUUCUGUUUUUCCCCUUCAGAAAUAUUUUAAGAGAAGUUACUCUGUGGAAUGGGGGUGUUUGAAUGUGGAGUUGAUGUCCCCCAGAUCCUCAGGGUGUCCUUGCCUUCAGUGCCUGUGGUUCAGACCUGCCAAACUAAUGUGCUUGUGCAAAGACCAAGGGCAAUUGCUCCAGGGUAGUAUCCUCAAAAGUCCUGGUAUCCCACUGCAGGUCCAUGACAUUUCAUAACCAUGGCGAAGGCUUACAUCAUAUGUAGCAUGCAGAAAUAUGAGAUCUCCACACAAUGUAGUAGGUUCAUCUUAAUUGAGCAGUUGUGAGACACAAGUAUAUACCAGUGUCCCAUUCUUCCAGAGAAACAGAGAUUUAGGCUUUUGAGUAAAGGAUAGGUAAUAGCCACCAUGCUGUGACAUUGCCCAUUACAGCUUCCGAGGGAAAUUAUACCGCCAAGUGUCAGAUUUCAUAUGUUUUCAAAAGAUUUAAACAGAUUUGACAGGAAAUCUGAGUAGCCAGCAUUACAAGAAAAUGCAAUGAGCAGACAGCUUUGUUACAGGACUUCUAAAAUUUUUGUCAUUAUUUUUUGAGCACCUGUUAUAUUCAGCACUGUAAAAUUGGCUCAUUGCCACAGCAGUUUUUAACUUGGGGAUGAAGAUGCAGUAUUCCUUAUUCUCUCUCAUGCUUACAUAACUAAUUAAAUAGAUUUAGACUGACUUGUAUGUAUGAUUAUUUGCUGGAGUAACGUAUAACAGAAUUAACAGUGUUGAAAAUUACAUCAGUGAUGUUGAUGUUUGGGGUAAACUCAGCACAGAGCAUGGACAAAUAGCUGGACAGCCUUUCUCCCCUUUAAUAAUGGGAGUAACAGUAAUCAUAAGUCUCGUUUUCCAUUAGCCACAUUGAAAAUGUAUUCUAGUUGCCAUUUAUAAAUUUAUCUUCUGAUAAUAAAUGUUGUUUAAUGUAAAAAAAUCUCUUUCUCCUUUAUUGAAGAUGCGUACCUCAAAAUCAGAGUAAGUUUGAUUCAAUAUCCCACUUAUUUUUUAGUUUGAAUUUUGAUUUGGAAAGGUCAGUGUGUGAAACUGCAUCUUCCACAGCAAUCAAGUCUUAAGAUCAUUCAGUAAAUCCACGCUAUUCCCACAUGCUCAUCAUUACACUCAUGCGUAUAAACCCCGGCACUUCCAUGUGUCUCUACCCAUGUGCAGGUAAUAAAAAGUUUAUUUAAAAUUAAAAUAAAAAAAAAAUCAGAAAAGGAAGAAUUUUAAAUAAACACUGUUACAGAAAAUACUACCUUAAGAAACCAGCUCAUGUUAUUGUGUUGUGCCUUUGUCUGUGAUACAUAACUGGAAAAGUGCACAGAGAAAUUUAAAGAUUGUUCUCUUUUCACAUUUUUGCUGUAGCAUAACAGUUGCUGUGUAAUGUAUGCUAAUGACGUCAUGCCCAUUGGUACCUUGAAAAGGCUUAAAUUCUCCACAAUAAAUCAGGUUUUAGCAUAAAUAUGUAACUGUAAGGAUACUGCAUCUUUAGAAAUCAAAAUAACUUGAAAUUAUUUUACUAUACUUGUAACAGUUUAAAUAUUCUGCAAUAUAUGUGAUAGUGGAAAAGUAUUUUCCAACUCACAAUUUUACAUGGGGUAUUAAGUAGAUUAAAUGAAGUAUAUUUUUAAAAAAUACUUUAGUUUUCAUCGGGAAAACUGGUAAGAUAAUGCUUUGCAAAGCUUACUGACAAAACACAAGAAGUAAAUUGUUCUGUUUUAUCAGAGCAUGUUUUCUCUGCAAAGUGGAGUGGCCACUUCUUUGCUGUUUUGCAGGUGGCAUGAGAUAUAGCAAAGUCAUUUACACUGAGUCCUUCAGUGUAAAAUAAGUCAACGCUCCACGUCUUUGACUGAAUAAAGGUAAAAAACACUUAAUCAAAAGGAAAACCAUAUAGAAGGUUUGGAGGUUUUGUGAUUUAUUUUUUUUCCUUAUGGCAUUUUACAGUGAACUCCAGAUACAGUAAUGGCAAGUGCUCAUAUGAUUUUGUUUUUUCUUGUAUUUCCCUGACUACAAUGCAUCUUCAUUAAAGGUUGCAGAGCUGAAAUAGGCAGCUGCUUUUUGCUGAUUGGGGGGGAGUUUAGUCUUUUAGGUGCAGUAACAUGUCAAGAAAAUUAAUUGUACCAGGAUGGUUCUGACAUUUAAAGUACACAUAGACUUCAGUGAGAUAGCCUAAAAUCUAUUUUAAAAGGUGAAACAGAAACUGAAAGUGCCUGUAAUUAGAACUGAUGGGAUGUUCCUAUACUUUUACACAGCAAUAACUUAACGGGAUUCUGUUAACAGUAAGGUGAAAAUUAAAUUUUACUUGGAGAACAAUAAUGCAGCACAGAAACAAACACAAAGUGCCAUUUGUAUGUUCACAUGUUGAGAUACUGUGUUAAAGGUUUUAGUUAUUUUCUCAGAUAACAUCUGUCAUAUAUUUGUAAGAAGAAAAUAAAUCUUAGUUUACAAAUGACUCGUAGCUGUAUCAAUUCUCAGUAGAUGUGAUUGGAGGUCGUUGUCAAGCAGUGUUUUAGGGCAUUUCUGCCUGUUUUAUGUUGGAUGUACCCAUGUAUCCAGGGUAUUCUCUAGUGAAGUAAUCCAAAAACCAGCAAUAAGCCCAAUGGAGGUUUUUUUAGGGAAUGUGAUAGAACAGGGAUUCUCUUGAAAAAUCAUUUGCAUUGAACUCUGGAAACACAGAGUUGACCUUAUGUCUCCUUUCUAUUCGUCAUGUAGUGCUCAUAGUAUUUAAUAUCAUCUUAGAAAUGGUUGACUUCAGGAGUGGACAAAAUAUAUCAUUUUUCUUUCUUUUGGGGACAAGUGAGUGAAAAACAGGACUAUCAGUCUAGAGACUAUUUGAAUAGCAAAGAAGAAGUUGAUAUUCCUAAAAUAAAGUGUGGAGAUUUUUAUAUUGGGUGGCCUAAACAUUUGCAUCAGUAGACUAACUGAUUUUACCAGUUAACGGCCAUUUGUGACUCUUGCACUCUAUUUUUUCUCAAAUUUUUUUUUUGGUAAAUAUUAACUAGUGCUGAUGGAUUCUUAAAAUAGCAGUGUAAUGCCAGCCCUCAUGCUUCUUUUAUUUCUAAAAAUUAAUUUAUUGAAGAUGAAAAUGUAACUGGUUGUCCUAAUGCCUUUGACAAGGAAGAUUGCUUUUUGUCCUCUGAAUUUGUACCUGUCAUUUAUCCAGGAAGAAUUUUGUAUUUGAAAAAUGCAACAUUUUAUCUAGACUUUCACUGCCAUCGGUGGGUCGCUGCUGGAAUCUCACUGAGGCAGAAUUGUGUGUGCACAAAGAUGCUCAUAUACAGAUGAAAGUGCAGGUACAAAAAAAAAAAAGAAGCACAUGAACCCACAUGUAAAAUAAUGAGAUGUUCAUACACAUUGGUUAAUCACAUGUCAAGACUGCUAGUUAAGUAAAAAAUUUUACUGUUAACCACUAGCAGAAAUAAUCCCUUCAGAACAUGCAUAUGCUUCCUCUGUUGUCCUGAGUUUGAUCUCCAGAUAUUAAGCACACAAAAGAUUACAACUCAUGCUGGGGAUUUUACGAGGGCACCAGGGAAUGAAGAACAAGAAGGACAAAGGAAACAUUAGUUUUGUACCUCGUACCUGAGCUGUAGCUGUUGUGGGGGAGGAGAGUUUGGUUCCUUGUUCUGGAGCAGCAACACUACAAGGGGCCACCUGUAGAAACCUGCCGUGUUGAAAGGUUUGGCUGAUUCCGGCCUUACAUGUGUUAGUUCUUGUGUAGGAAAGGGCACCUUGUCUUCACCAGCCCAAAAUAAUCCAGGGGUUUUUUCCCUCCAUGUUGAGGUUUUUCCCUUUUGGGUUUUCUUUUUCUUCCUUAGCUAUUAUGAAAAUAAUAGAAAAAAGUUAUUUGAGAUCCUGUUGUCCCAAUUCAGUGUCAAAAGUUUCAAUGAGCCAAGAUACUGUCAGUUUUAAGAGAAGAGGUGGUUCACACAUUGACUUGCUAAACCUUGCUCUUCUCUGUGACCUCUGCAUUUAAAAAACAACAAUUCAGUGUCUGGUAGGGGACCACAAGUGAUGACUUUAAAGGAUUGUCAUAAGCAUGAACCAUGAAAUACCCAAAUAGGUUCAGAUACCGCUUUUCUCCCUCGCCCUGCCUUUCUAUAUGUAAAAGAGCUUCUUUGGAAAGUCAGCUUGAGCCAAAUCUUCAUGGCUGAACUAAUAUUUUUCACAAUUCAGACUUCAUGUUGUCAUUUCUGGUUUCAAACUAUUUUUCACUGCUAAAUUUGCAUCUUAAAAAAAAGGCACAGUUUAUUUCUUUCCUUAUUGUGCUAUACAUGGCUUCCUUGGUAAUUUAAGUUCUUUGUUGAACACCUACACAAUAUGCUCUCUUGACCUGCUGUCUGUCCUUAAAAAGUUGUAUUUCCCAUUUGCACAUUUCUAGAAUAUACACCGAGAUAGUAAUGAAUUACUGAAGUUUCAUGCACCAUCAGCCUUAAGACUUUCAACCCACACACAGGCACAUGUAUUCAUACACUUCAAGGGAAAGAGAGAUUUGGACACUGCUGUCAACAUGUGGGGUCAAAAAUACCAUUAAAUCAGAAAGUUCUUUCAGCUGUGUUUAGGAAGAAACAACAGUAAUGAAAAAUACUAUUCUUGGCCAAGUUACUUAUGGAAGAAGCAAAUUCCCCUAGGGCAUUAGUUGAAUGAAGUGCUAAGGAUGGGGUUGCAUUUGGCCCCAAAUUGUUCCUUCUGAUCAGGUCAUUAUUGUUGUAUGCACCAAUGAGUGUUCAUUUGAUCCUCCUGUGUAAAAAUACAAAAACAUCCCGUCAUUUACCAAGUAAUUCGUUUGGGACCGGAGCUUCACAGCAAUGGAAUUAGUAUGUACAGCACCUCAGUCUUUUUCCUAGAUAAGAUGCGAAAGGGAGGGCCAUUAUCAGUAACUCUAUAGAGAUAAUAGUGUCAGUAGAGGUCCUACACUUAAAAGGAAUAAAAAUACCAGUGCUAGCAAGCAAACGUUUUUUAAGUCUUUCUUUUGCCUUCUUUUCAAAAGCUUUUAAAUACAAAAAUUACUUUUCUUCCAAAAUUAAACUUCUGAAGAUCUAAUUUCCCAAUAGUUUCCUCUGCAUUUAUAUACUAUGUAGUGUUUAGGCAAUGCCUAUGUUAUAAGUUUAUUAAUAUUAUGUAAGUGUUGUUCUUGUAUUUAUGUAUAGUGUAUGUAUUGUAAAUAUACUCAGAGCUUUUUUUCCUCUUACUGUAAAAAGGUGAUUUUUGCCCUAUGAUAAUGUAAAGGGAGUCCCCUAAUGAAGUUCUGUCAGAGGAUGAUUAUUCCACUCUAUUCUCAAAGGUUUAAAUGAACAAGUGUUAUCGUUUUAAAUGGUGUCUCAGACAUAUUUUGUUGGUGCAUUGCUUUUCUGUAUUCAACUUUCCUAUUAAUUGAGCUGUGAAUUGAAAUAGAGUUUAAACCUUUAAAUGUAUGCAUUUGUACAAUUAUCUGAAUGGAGGCAUGAAGGUUAAAUAAAGCAUUUUGUAUGGAACAAAACCCCUAAUUAUUACUGUGGAUGACUCAAAGUUUCUGGAAUACCCAGUUAUUAACUUUUUUAAAUUAAACCUUUGUUUUCUAUAAACA